AUUGAGAUACAGUCUAAGGUGUCGGCCUAUAUGCGACUGGAGACAAACUCGCAUUCGGAUUCGGAGUGCAGCAAUAGUGGUGUGGGCGUGGCUACCACAGCUUCCUAUAAAGUGCUUCCCGUCUCGGACUCGCCACCGCCGGCACCAUGCCCCUUUCCGCCCACCGCCAUGGUGUACUCAAUGCGGGGCCUUGGUAAGUAUGCUGGCAAUCCAAACAGUGCACCACAAUCAGCGGCAACAGCUGCUAAUAAUAGUAAUAAUAAUAAUAAUAACAACAACAACAGCACCGCUAAGGACACCGUCAACAACAACAACAACAAUAAUAAUAAUAAUAAUAAUAAUAAUAGCAACAAUCACAAUAGCAAGCACAACAACAACAAGUUCAGCUCCAGUCAAUCGCUCAAUGGUCAGUCAAAGCACAACAACAACAAUAAUUCCGAUCCUGAUAUGAUCUCACCGACGGUUAUGGCCAAAUUUCUGGAGGAUGAGCUAAAGUUGAACGAUGUGAAGCAUUGUGACACGUGUCAAUGCAGCAAACAGGAUCUGACAGUGCUGGCGGAUGUCUCACGUUCCUAUACGGUGGCCACACAGACACCACAUAGCUUAGCCACCGGCUCCACACUAAAUGAGCCACUGACUCAGCUCUGUCUGCGGUGUCACAGCAAUCUCAAUUCGCCAUCUCGCACAAAUAGUCCAUACUUAAUGAAGUUGGUCAAGUCAAGUGAUUCGGUUAUUUCGGAGACAAAAAGUUCCGUUUCGGAUUUGAAUGACAUGGAUAAGUUAUUUACGCCGCCCAAGAAGGAUGACCUAAUGGUAAAUCCCAUAUUGGGACAUCACAGACUUUGCGAGAGAACUGCAGGACAGGAUUAUGCUGCCAGCAAGCUGACAGCCUCGACCAUGAUGUAUCCCACAACACAUUUGGGCGCCUAUGCGGCCGAGAAAUAUCUGCUAGAGACGAGUAAUCUCGGCCAGCUGCGUCAUGGCUAUCAGCGUCGAUUCUUGGAAGGCGGCGGCACAGCGUUGCAGCUUCUCAACAAAUACGAGGCGACACCAACUGCCGCCACAGAGGAACUGGAAGAUGAGGUCAUCAAACCAUUGCUGGCUGGCAUAUCACAAGCCAAUCUGCUGGAGGCAGAGCAAACGGUGCCAGUGCAGUCCGUGAAGCCGGAGGAUGUCUGUGAACCGCUACCUAGGAAACCAGCACCCGUCGCCGGCUCACAGCUUAAGUCGAACACUUCGGGCAGCGUUCAGAGCCUCUGGAGCAACAAGACGAGCAGCUGCGAGGGCGCCAAAAUGUUUGAGACAUUCAACAGAAAUCUCAUCAAGACUAUCAAGGCGGAGAAUCCAAAGAAUCGAGGUCCACGUCUCUGUGCCAUGCGGAUUCAGCAGAACGGCCAAAGCAACAUAUUGCUGGACAAUCUGGAGUCUAUAGAGACGCAUUUGCCGGUGAUCUACAAGCGACGCGAGAGAUUGUUGGACGAGGAGCUCAACGAUGGCAAGGAUAUCAUCACCUCAAAGGAAAGCAAUGCGGCGGCAGCUGUGGAUGCGUGGCAAGCAUCUGUGGCGCCGCACGAGACUGGGGCACUGCAACCGGUGCUGGAGCCGCAGGUGGAGCUAAAAGAGACUGAAAAGAUGGCACAGUUGGACGCGUCAACGACAAUGGCCGAAGGAGCGGAAGUGGGAACGGGAACGGGAACAGCAGAAAUUGUGGGAGCUGCAGCUGGUGUGGUGACCAACUCACCGAAGCAUUCGGUCAACUCGAGUUCGCUGAGCGAUGCCAUCGACUAUCAGGAGAGCGUGUUGUUGCGUCGCCAGCAGUUGAACCGUGUGGCAGAGUGGGUGCAACACAAUACACAGCAGUUGGAGCAGCGGGCGUUGCAGCAACCGGCAUUGCCAAGUGAUUCCAACUCGGGUACAGAGCGGCAAUCAUCAUACUCCACACUGGACCACAUGGACUCCAUAUCGAUUGAGAAGCUGAGCAUGGACUCGGGCUACAAGACAACGCCACAACAGCUUACCAACGGUUAUGCCGAUGCGGGCAAAUCCACAGAGGAUUCGCUGUCACCCAAAACGGAUAUCACCAGCAACUCAUUGCCGGAGGCGACUCCAGCUGCCGCCACAGUUGCCGCUGCCGCUGCCGCUGCCGCCACCAAGAAGGCAGAACUUUGCACCACCUACUACAGACGCACCACUCGAUCCGGGCUGCCUGUGGCCUAUACCACAACCACAACCACAACGACAACAAUGACAGCUGCUGCAACUGGCGGCGAUUCACAGCAAUGCUCCUCGUCGGGCUCCCCCUCGCUGCUGUGCCCCGAACAGCCCACGUGUGAUAUACUCAACUACAAAUAUUAUCCCAAUGAUACGGACAAGACGCGCUCCGUGCAGGCGGAGCUACAUACGACCACACAACAUGUCGACAUCGCCCAAAUGGAGUACAAUGUCAAGCAGUUUCUCCUCAAGCAGAAUGAAUGGUCUAUGCGUGCCGAGGCAGCGACCGUAGCAGGAGGAGGAGGAGGAGCAACCACUGUACAAUCUUCAACCGGUGCUGCCCCAAGGUUAUUGCGGCACACACGAAUCCUCGGACCAGGUGUGGGGGAACGGGUGCGCAUGGCAACGCCGGGAGGCGCUGUUGCUGCCACGCCCAGUGUCCUGGCACCGCACAGAACUGAAACGAAUUUAUAAGAGAAACAACCGAAAAAGCCGGAGAAUGAUAAACCAAAUUGUAUUCUAGUUUAGCGCAAGACGAGAGAACAAAAAUCCCAAAAUUAUGAAAUUAAAAAAUGCUUAAGUUAUAAUGAGUACUAUAUAUACUAGUAAAUGUACGAUAUAAAUAUAUAUAUAUAUAUAUAUAUUUACCUAUGUAAUACUUAAAACUACAUCUAAGCUUCAACAGGGAAUUCAUGGCGUUGGCGAAGUUACGUUUAUUUAUUUAAUUUAGAGAAGUUUUUUGGAUUCCAUAUAUACGUAUUUCGUAUGUCUUCCUGCUUCUGUAUAAACUGUAUAAACUAACUUUUAGAGAUCGCUUUUCGAACCUUUCGAUUUAUCAACCUUUAUGUCUUCCUUUCUCACUAUCGAGUCGUGUCUGUCCCGUUUUCUCCUUUUCUCUCUCACUUUUCUGCACUCUUUCCAACGCCAGUUAAUCCCCGGCAUAUUUAAAGCAUAUGAUUAUUCCAUAUGAUAUUCAAAUUUCGCAUUACCUUUUGGUGUCUGCAUGUUAAUCGCCCCAUUUAAUACACUUACUUAAAUAUAUCUGCCUAGGCUCUAAUGAUAACUUAAAGAUAUUAUGCUAUAUAUACAUUUAAAAGAAACAAAAAAAAAAAAAAUAAACAAUUGAUUGAUAUGUAUUUGAUAAGCGCAUUAUAUUUUCUAGAUUCCAAUUGUGCAAUAUUUGUUAUUAGCGUGAAACAAAAC